UGCAUUUCAGCCCACCAGGUCUAUUACGACGUUCCCGCCCGUCUAUCACGGAAGUACUCGGAUUCCUCAAGCCGACGCAUACUACAAUUCCUUUAAUUCCAUCAAUCCAUGAAUAUUUUCCACUGUCUCCUCGAGACCUUGGGCGUUUGUAAUGUCACUGUGUUUUCGCUUAUCUGUGCCACUUUAAUUUUGAUCGUUGCUAUCCUGCAAUUUAUUUUCUCACGGAAUUCUGCGUUGCGUUCAAGUUCAGUCCUGCACGACUCCCACCAACGACACAAAACAGAAGGUCCAUCUUCUGGAUCCAAGGACAAGCGCUCUGAUGGCGUACCACGUGGACGGCACACCCGUCGUAGCCUCGAUGAGAGCAGUAUCCGCCACAUUGAUCAUACACCGCAGGUAACCAUCUCCUCGCUGGAUGAAAAAGGAGCCGAAGUACAGCAGCAUAAACAUCAGUUGCAACGUGGGCGCUCUUCGUCUAUCAGCAAAAAGAAGAUAACUCAUGUAUGCACGGAUCCAAAGUCCCAUGUUUUGAGCCGUCGAGAUUCGCAUCCACUGGACUCCACUACCCAUUCCCACGCUGAUAUCCGGAGGCUAUCUCCUCCUCUAGUCUCUGAGGCUCAGGUACCAGAGCAGUCAGCUACUUCCGAAGAGUGGCGGCCGGUUGUUAGAAAGCUUAAAAAAGGGCGCAGACAACCAAAGCAAUUUGAGGGGGAGAAAACACCUGAGGAUCCAAUUACUAACCCCUCUAUUGAAGCUUGCGUGGAAGAAAGACUUUUCACAUUGUCUGGUGAUGAUUCCUCGUCACUGGGCCCAUCAAAUGCGACCCAACAGCCCCAGGAGAGUGCGGCACCCAUGCUAUCUUGCGGUUCGUUGCAGACCACGGACACUGCUCCCCCGUGUCCAGUUGAACUUUCCGCCAACCCAACCGCUCAGCAAUCCGCGGUUCCAGACGUAAAGAAAUCCCGCCGGAAACGUCGGAAUCGCCCAGUGCAGACUUACGCAACAAAAGACGGCGAUGCAAAAAUGGGAGGGAAUCAUAUGUCGCUUCCGGACUCCGUAGAUAACAAGCCCCUCUUGGACGAUUCUGAGUUUGAAGUUGUUGAAGCCCCAUUCUUAUCCUCAUGUUCUCCUGGUGCCUCCUCUGAAUCAGAUCACGGCAUUACUGACAUUAAUCCAGCAACAACAGUUUCCGCGUCUGCUGAGAUUCCAUCCAUCUCCAGCAUCGAGGAGUUUCCAUGUUUGCCAGGUGCCGAGAGUCAAUUUGCUUGCGCCCCUAGUUUGGCUGCGCUGGAAGUUCGUGAAGGUGAUAGACAUCCCCAAGCAGUUCGACUUCUUACUUCGGCCCUGGGGGAGAACGGCGACUCUACGAACACGCAGCGAACCGCAAAAUCCAGAGCGAGGAAAGCUGACUAAGGGAUACGAUGACCAAUUGCUUGCUCCUCUCGUCUCUGCUAGUUCCCUUGGUUCGGUGCAUAUCAGUCCGUUGCUUCGUCUUCUGGCUCUUUCGCUGUCUUUCAUGAGUAUUUGCCACGCUGGCUCUUUAUAGUCUCCAGCUCUUUGUAACCUCCAACUCCUCGAGAUCUGACCUAUCGUUUUUGGCCCUUUAUCUUGUAUGGACUAUCAAAGAAUCUGUUAUUUUUCUUUUUCCUUCUGCGCUUGAAUCAAUGUCCUCAUUGAAGAUCACUUUCUUUUCAUUAACACGGUUACUAACCUCUAUGUUUUCGGGCCUAACCGUUGCCUUCUUUUUUAUGCAUCUAGAUUUACGAGCGCGCAAUUAUUAUCCGUGGCCAUCUCUCUCGCUCCCGUCUCUCUUGCAUGGACACUCAGGCAUUUUCUUAUAUUUGGUUAAACACUUACGCGUCUGUCUAUAUCAUCUGUCGUUUUAUUUUGAUUCUACUUAUCAAGCUGUAUUACUGCUGUUUUCUCAAUUGCCUUCUGGUGCCCUGUUUUCUUCGUUCCCUCUGAUUCGCGGUUUCACCACACUUCCCUGAUGCAUGUCACGGUUCGAUUGCAAUAAUGGAGUUUAACCAGAGCAUUUUCAGCACCAUCAAAUUUUCUUUCCCAAUUUUGUUCGUUUAAUUUUUACGACCAUUUAAAUUCGCGUACAUUUUGUUGUGUGAUACUCCAAAGAGAGAACAUGCACUGCUCUUCGAUCAAAAUCUUUUGAUUACUAAAAGACCUGUUAUUCGUCACCCAUAACUGGUUGUGAUCAUUCAGUACUAAGGCAGUUUGUGACUGGUUUUCGUUUCGUUCGUCGCUGCUCGCGAGCCUAAUUUCUUCGGUUUCGUGCUGUUCAUCCUCUUUGGUUGUACGAGGCAGCCACAUUUCUGUGUAGUCCGGAGGUAGUUGUGCAUUGUCGUUGUCACUUUUGGCCAAUCUUGUGCGUACGGUUUAAUUCCUCGUGCUCGUGGUCGCUCACUUCCAUCAUUGACCGACGUAUUGUUAACAUCUGAUCUUGAAGUUCAACCCUCCUGUCCGGCUGAUGUUUUCGACCUUACAUCUAGCAGCCCAGUUGUUAGUAUCGUUUCCCGUCUUCAGGUUAAUCAUUUUCCUUCCUUCGGUUCCUCGUUGCAUUUACCCCGUCUUUUCCUGGAUGGGGAAAUCAUUCACCGUUCCCUCGGCUUUUUUGUCCAUUGUAUAAUUACCUUUCUGACACAUAUGCUAAUCAAAAGGUUGUGGCAUGGCGCACAGCUACUUGUUACACUAUCUCUUAUUGUUUCGUAGACUAGUUGCAGAAACAGCAGUCAGUACAGAUUUUGCUAUUAAAAUCCCCUCGGUGGCUUAGUCCAUUGUCUUUGAAACAUUCCUUCUCACACUAACCACUCUCUUUCAUCCUACACUUGCCGGCUAACUCGGAAAAAGCACAUUGUGCAACAUGUGUUCGCCCUUGUAUUUGCACCCUUGGCUACCCAUCG